AUGGCGGCGACAGCAGCUGUCAUAGCGCUCACCGUUCUGUGCAUGACAUGGGGAAUCUAUCGACUCCAGAAGCAUCUCAAGACCAUUCUAUCGACCAAGAUUCCUUCUUCUGACGGCCCUGUGCCAUAUGGAACAACCGCCGCCGCUUCUUCCUUUUCGCUAGAGCGCGCAUACGCCUCAUUUAACGCAUAUGCAAAGAUAUCAAAUGCAGAGGUAUACACAUACCGAACAAAACUCGCAUCUUUACGAGGAGGGCAUAAACGAAUGGCGCUCGAACUUGGAUAUCGACAAAAAGUGGAUACACUCGAACGCUGCCAUGAGCAAAAUGCACGACUUGCAAAGAGCAUUUGCUCAGCUGCGUUUAGAUCGUAUCCAUCUCUCCAGCACACCACAGAACUAUCAAGCAAGGCGACGGAUGUCGGACGAGUACGAGAGGCGUUUAAGCAUCUUGUCCGAGAUUGGAGCAUAGAAGGAAAGGAGGAGAGAAAGGUCAUAUUUUCGUCCAUCUUGGAAGAGCUGGAACGUACCCCUGGAGAUGAACGAGCGGGAUGUAAAGUACUCGUUCCAGGAGCAGGGCUCGGGAGACUAGCUUGGGAGAUUUCACAACGAGGCUUUGACACAACAUCUUGCGAGCUCUCGUUUUAUAUGAAUCUAGCCCUAAACCUUGUCCUCCACCCAGAGAGCACAAAUCGACCACAUCAACACACGGUACAUCCCUAUGCACACUGGUGGUCCCACCAACGCUCGAGCUCAAACACCUUUCGCGGAAUCACAUUCCCAGAUGUCGUACCACGACAGUCCAACAACUGGACACUCUCUGACCAAGACUUCUUGAGCCUCACGCCCCCAAACGAAGAUACUGCUCACUCAAACUCACUCUUGUCCGCAAAUGGAAGAGGCGGCUACGACGUGAUUGUCACACUCUACUUUAUAGAUACGGCAAGCAAUAUAAUUUCCUAUCUAUCACAUAUUCAUUACCUCCUUCGUCCAGGAGGACGCUGGAUCAAUCUUGGUCCUCUGCUCUAUUCUAACGCAACGCUCGAACUAAGCCUCGACGAGGUCUUGCAUCUCGCCAAUCUCGUUGGCUUUGACGUCGAUACGACAACCCGUAAAACGAUUCCAAGCGAAUACACUGCGGAUAGUGAAGCCAUGAUGAAAUGGAUCUACCAAGCAGAAUUCUGGGUGGCCACCAAACGUUCCGACGAGUACAUCUUGUAG